GUAUUUUACGAACACGCUGAAACAGCCACUCUAACUUUUGACGCCUUCGCAGCCGCAAUUUGUAGAAAAAAUCAAAAAAGCGCAUUUAAAAACGGCAAAAAGUGCAGAUAAACGAGAUAAAUAUAAUCGCAGCACGUACAGUGAACACCCUGCAGCGAGUUUCAACUUAAAGUGCUAAUUGGAAAGAUAGAGAGCGCAAGCGAGCGCUUUUCCAGAACGAAAAGAUUGGUUAGAGCGACAUUGUGUGGCCCAAAUAUACCACAACGCAAUUAACCCGCUGCGCCCCUGGCCUUGAACUCGACAGACUUGGCUGCCGUCCAUACAGUGACGCCGCGACACACACACGGCACACAGACACAUACACACGAAAGCCGCUUUCUUGCCGCUAACUGAACGAAAAGAACAGAACAGAAUCCUUAAUCAUGGCCGAGCCAAAGACACCCGAGAAGAUGCUUUCCGCCAAGCCGCCAGUGUUCCAUCAUCAUAAUAGCCACAGCCCGAAUGCCUCGCUACAGCUACCGAGUCCCAUAAUCACUCGACGCACACGCACGGCCUCGACCUCGGCUCGGGCCUUGGAGAACCCAGUGGUGACCGGUGUGGUAAAGUCCUUUAGCCGCAGCAAAGGACACGGCUUUAUAAUACCCAGCGCCGGUGGCGAGGACGUUUUUUGCCAUGUUUCCGACAUCGAAGGUGAAUAUGUGCCCAUGCCCGGUGAUGAGGUCAAAUAUCGUCUGUGCGCCAUUCCACCCAAAUACGAGAAACAUCAGGCGGUGCAUGUGCAGAUAAGCAACUUGACGCCCGAGGUGCACCACAAAUGGGAGGAGCCCGUCUUUGGAUCCUCGCCCGCCAAGUAGGCGUGAAAGAAUAAAUGUUAGCAGCCUUCCAUGGACUUUAAUUGGACUGGAGCACGAGCUGAAUCAAACAAUAACCAUGAAAACGAAAGCAUGAACCGCCAGAGAGACCAGAACAGAACAGAAACCGAAACAGCAAACAGCCAGCCAUUAAAGUAUCAAUUGAACAUUUACUUAAUUAGACUUUAAGCUAACGAAAACAAACAGUCACAAAUGUUGCCUUGAAAUGGAAGAGCGACAACUGAAACCAGUUUUACUCGAGUAAUGCAUACUGAAAAUCGUAUUUGGAAAUUGAAAUUCUUGCUCGAUGAUCGCCACAGCCUGCCUGCCAGCCAGCCAGGCCCACGUUUGUGUGUCCACCCAAUUGGUUCUGGAGCCUGUCUGUAAUCAGUAAUUACUUUUAAUUAUUAUGAAAUAUCUGAAUGUGUUCGCCAAGCAAACGGAAACAGAAAAUUCAAUUUAUUAUUAUAU